AAGGGAGAGAGAGUAGUUUAUGUAAAUGCUCCAUUUUAAUUAUAUUAGGAGGACGGCCCUAUUCUCUGCCCAAUAAAAAUGGACCAGGGCUGACACCUGGUUAUAAACACAGGAAGGAUUCCAAAGUAGUAAUCGCAAAUCGGCAGAAAAAAACCCAACCGGCAUCUUCAAGAGACGCAAUGACCUCCAGUAAAGUUGAACUGCCAGGAGAGGUGAAGAACGACCCGGCUGCGCUCAUGGCAUCUCUUCAUCUGGUGCCCUCACCGGUACCCAACCCUGAAAUCAAGUACACUAAGAUUUUUAUUAAUAACGAAUGGCAUGAUUCUGUGAGCGGUAAGGUCUUCAGCACAUACAACCCGGCUACAGGGGAGAAGAUCUGUGAUGUCCAGGAAGCAGAUAAGGCUGAUGUGGACAAAGCCGUGCAGGCUGCCCAUUCGGCCUUCUCUCUGGGUUCGGUAUGGAGGAAGAUGGAUGCAUCUGAACGUGGGAGGCUGUUGUUUAAGCUAGCUGACCUGGUGGAAAGAGACAGUGCUUACCUUGCUACCCUGGAGUCUCUGGACACUGGGAAACCUUUCCUCUCCUCCUUCUUCGUGGACCUUCAAGGAACCAUUAAAACCUUUCGAUAUUUUGCUGGAUGGGCAGAUAAGAUCCACGGUUCCACGAUUCCGACUGAUGGAGAAUACUUCACUCUUACCAGACAUGAGCCCAUCGGAGUUUGUGGACAGAUUGUUCCUUGGAACUUCCCCCUGGUGAUGACAGCAUGGAAAUUGGGGCCAGCGCUGAGCUGCGGGAACACUGUUGUCCUGAAACCUGCUGAGCAGACCCCUCUCACCUGCCUCUACAUCGGUGCUCUGAUCAAAGAGGCUGGGUUUCCACCGGGAGUCGUCAAUAUUUUGCCAGGCUAUGGGCCAACCGCGGGAGCCGCGAUUGCUUCGCACAUGGGCAUAGACAAAGUGGCGUUCACAGGAUCGACUGAGGUAGGCAAGCUGAUCCAAGAAGCAGCAGGAAAGAGCAAUCUGAAGAGAGUCACGCUAGAGCUUGGGGGAAAGAGUCCCAACAUCAUUUUUGCAGAUGCUGAUUUUGAGCUGGCAGUCGAACAGGCCCAUCAGGGUGUUUUCUUCAAUAAUGGUCAAUGCUGCACCGCUGGUUCCCGUAUCUUUGUGGAGGAGCCCAUUUAUGAGGAGUUUGUGCGAAGGAGUGUUGAGAGAGCGCGGAGAAGGACGGUGGGAAAUCCCUUUGACCCAACCACUGAGCAGGGACCUCAGGUGAGUGCGGAGCAGCAGAGUCGUGUACUGGAGCUGAUUCAGAGCGGCAUCACUGAGGGAGCUAAAAUGGAGUGCGGCGGCAAAGCUCCUCCUUCUAAAGGCUUCUUUGUGGAGCCCACAGUCUUCUCUGAUGUACAGGACCACAUGCGCAUUGCCAAGGAGGAGAUAUUUGGGCCAGUUCAGCAAAUCAUGAAGUUUAAAACUAUUGAAGAAGUGAUUGAGAGAGCCAACAACACAGAAUAUGGUCUGGCAGCAGCGGUCUUCACCACAGACCUCAACAAGGCCAUGACUGUCUCUGCAGCUUUGCAGGCCGGCACUGUCUGGAUCAACUGUUAUAAUGCCCUGAGCUGCCAGUGUCCUUUUGGAGGAUUCAAAAUGUCCGGCAAUGGUCGUGAACUGGGUGAGAUCGGACUGAAAGAGUAUACAGAGGUGAAAACCAUUACAAUGAAGAUGUCAGGGAAGAAAUCUUAAAGCACAACUAUGUACGUUCCUAGCAGCGGGAAGUCUUCCUCUGAGGUUAACCACUAGCCAUUAUCCUUUGGUUGUCUAUAGUGGUAAAACACCACACAGUAACCACCCGUCACUUCUGCAUUGGAGCACCUCUUCUCCUGCAUCUUCGUAGGCUGUUCUCAUGAACUACCCUUCAUCUCCAUCCCGCGUCCACUAGCAGCUCCACAUCCACCGCCACAAUUAACUGCCUCCACCCAUUGCAGCUGUGUCCUCGUUUCGCCGGCUCCACUAACCAUACUAAAGCACUCGGAGUCCCGGUGAAAGAGGGCUACGCUUUUGACCACUGCACCAGCAAUGUGCAGACACUAACAGACUACGACCACUCUCUCUGAUGAUCUCCCACGGCAAGUGGCCAAAGGAGGUCUGUUGUGUCUGAGGGGUGCCAUUCUCAAACCUCAUAAUUAACUUGCCUUUCCACUGGGUAGAAAUCUAGUAGGCAUAUUAGUUUUUACUAAGACCACUGAAGCUCUCUAUCUCAGAAAAAAAAAAGAUGUUUUCUUUGAACGAGUAUUAAUUCUAAAAUUUGUGUAAUUGCUUUGUGUUUUUAUUUUUCAUUUCAUUGUUUGAUUGUUUUUACUAUGUAUAACUUUGUCGAUGUCUUGACCAAUGUAAGCAAAAAUGAUUUACCUCAAAAAAAGAAAAAAGAAAAAAAGAAAAAAAAUCUUUGGUGUGUAUUUUCGACAUAUGAUUCCUUAUUGAUGCCCAUUUAUUGUUAGGUUUAAAGAAUUAUGUACUAUGAAUAUAGAAGUUAAGAUAUAGAGUAAUUUCUUCAUUAAAAUGUUUUACUCAAAGGCUUCUCUUGAAGGUGAUUUUCUAAUUGUCUUGUUACAGCAUAAUGACUGAGGAAAAAAAUGAUCAUUAGAAAAAAAAUCAUUUCUGCUUCAGUUGUUGCAUUUCUUCAGAUGACUCUGAGUAUUCAGAUUUAUGUCAACCAGGGUGAGAACAGGCUGAGUCAGAAAUUGUUUGGUAAGAGCUCUUCAGAUAUGAGCAACGAGAGCCAGAUAUAAGAAGCACCCAGUAGUGCAACUACCUUAGAAGUUGCAUUCCCAAAGAAACAGUCACAAUGGAUUUUCCCAGCAGCCCAGCCAAUCUGCUGAUAUCCUUAGUCAGACCAACAUGCAUGAUGAAAAGACUUGGCUACGUUACACAACACUGGUCUGGAUCUGGAAGAGCAGAAAAGGACAGCACAAAGCUUUGAACUAGACAACAGAAAGACCACUACAGUGAUAGUUCGCCUUCCUGUGGAUCACAUGGAAAUUAGUCUGAACCGUUUCCUUACGAGUUAGUAUGUGACAACAAUCGAAGAACAAAAGUGGUUUGUUUCACCUCAAAGACGGUGUUGCAUGUUUUCAAGUGUGAACCCAUCAACACAGGAAAGUGUUGGAAGGUUGCAGGCGAAAGGCCUUACAAGGAUUGUUUAAUCCAUUUGACGUUGUUGCACAAUGGUGUCAUCGACCCUUCCCUCCUUAGGAGUCUGUUGAAUAGUAUUUAUAAUCCUCUGGAGUCUCAUAUGAUUACAGUGUACCAAGUUCACACCGAUAUUUCUACAUGACAGUAGUGUAAAAUCGCUGCUUUUUAGUAAGAAAAACAUGAUAAAUCAAUAAAUGGCGUUAUUACAGA